AACAAAAUCAUAACUUAUUAUAUGAAAACAGUCUUUCAGCUUUGUAGUCUUGGCAUAAAGCAGUAGCUUCACUCAUGUGUAAGGUCGUGUUGAUCCUUCGAUACUUUUUGGCCGCUUUUGUUUUCAUUCCUACAGCAGAUGUAAUUGCCAAUUUUACAAGGAGGCCUUCUAAUCCAACCUACGUGAAGAAUGGAACUACUGCCAAACUGGUGUGGGACUACAGUGACCCAAACAAUGAUCUGAUAGCCAUUGUCUUAAGUGUUCUGGUGGGUGGUAGCCAAGGGAAAGUCUUCAAAAGAAUGCUUUUCAAACAGGAUGGCGUGGUUUAUUAUCAUACAGAAAUACCACCUGCUUACAAGGAAAGGGUUAGGAUGGAAGGAAAAGCUACCCUGGUUAUUCAAAAAAUAACUCCCAAAGACAGCACCGAAUUUAGUUGUGAAGUACUUCGUCAUAUGGUCAGCCCAUGGCGGAGCACGAUUCAGCUUAUCGUGGCAGAACCACCAAAGAUAAGUCUGUCUUCAGUGCAAGGAGGUUACCGAGAGGGAUCCUUUGUUAAUAUCAGCUGUACAGCAUCCGGGAUUCCAGAGCCAGAUGUCACAUGGACCAGAGAAGGAACAGUGAUAAGUUCAAGAAAGGGAGCGGCAUUUCUGAUCUUUAACAGUGUAAGAAGAACAGAUGAUGGAUUGUAUUUAUGUAGAGCAAACAACACAGCUGGUUCCAUAACAAAUCAAACAACACUCGUCCUUUACCAAUUUCAAAAUGAUACGACAGUCUCGCGUUUUCAUUUACUCUCGGUUGAGAAGCCGAGUCCACCAUCCACAAUUUCAUCAGAAAAAGGCACUCAAACCAGUUCAUUAACAGUAAGAUGUGCUGCACCAGCUGAUGAUGGAGGGAGUCCUAUCACAGGAUACCGAGUCAUCAUACUUGAAGGUGACACUGAGAUAAACAGUGUUAAUAUUACUGUUCCUGGUGUAACAAGCUACACUUUUGGGGGUCUGGAGAGAGAUACAAACUACGUGGUGAAAGUGUUUGCAAGGAAUGCUGUGUUUGAAGGAAAUCCUGUCGUAAUAACUAUGAAGACAAAGUCUCAAGCUCGAGAGGACUUAAAGUGUCAUGACGUCAUUUUUAUAGCCAUAAUUGGACUGCUUUCGUCAGUAGUCCUUGUGUUAUUCAUUUGCAUCGUCUGGUUACUCAAGAAAGGCAGUGGUGGAAAAAAGAGGAUAAACAGAUAUGAAAGCGCUUAUGAGAGAGUACGAGAAUGGCGAGCUAAGAAAAGUAAUAUUGAAGAUUUGCUUGGAUCUACCAAAGGAAAGCAACGGAGCAGAUUGAGUGGAGGUGGUAGAAAACCAUUAAGUGCGAAAGUGGAGGAACUCCUGUUGGAAUGGAUUGAAAACAGGCGUGCUCGCGGAUUACGAGUCUCGUGUAAGCUUAUAAUGAAGAAAGCAGAAGUUACUUAUAUGACGGAAAACAACUUAGUGGACAACGACGACUUUAAAGCUUCCAGAGGUUGGCUGGAAAACUUUAUAAAGCGAAAUGGUCUGUCAUUGAGAAGAAAAACCUCCGUUCCCCAGCAAGAUCCAGACAGAAUACUUGCAAAACUUGUAUCUUGUGUAAUCCAGGUUAGGCGAUUACAAGAAAAGCACAAGUACAAGCCUUCUGACAUUGGUGCAAUGGAUGAAACCCCAGUUUGGUGCGAUAUGUUAUCAGAGACAGCCGUUGACGCAACUGGGAAGAAAUCCAUCACUCUAAAAUCGACCGGUUACGAAAAAGCAAGGGUUUCGGUCUGUCCCGCCGCGAAGGCCGAUGGAACUAAACUAAAACCUAUGGUGGUAUUUAAAGGAGCAAAGCGAGAAGUUGCAGCUUUAAAACAAAAAUUCCAACAUUGA